CCUCCAUCUCGCAAUGCCAAUUAAGACUAGCAGUCUUCGCAAAGAGUCACGGAAGUCGAUUCAAUCGGCUUGCGAUGUACCGAAUGUCGAAGAUCAACGUAUCCCAUGCGGGGAAAUUACCCCGGAUUGCGGGUACUUAUAUGCGACAUGAUCACCCGUGAGCCUCGGGAAGGUACAACUUCAACAUGAAAACAUCAUUGCUUCUCCCGGUGGUUCUCGCUGCUCACGCGGCUGCGUCUGCGAUUAGAGGUCGAGAGAAUGUACUCACGCCAGAGGCUCAAAGUCUGUUUGAUUACUCGAUGCAAAUACAAGAUAAUCGAUUCGACAAGUACUACAACUACAUUGAAUAUGUCGACAGGGGGUCCUGGUCUGUUCGAUUCACCGCUUGGUAUACUGCGGGCUUGCUCCAUCGAAACGAGGGAGAUGAUGUCGAGCACGCAAAGGCAGCUAUCGAGAACAUACUGGCCUGCCAAUUGACGAGUGAUUUUGAUGCUCCAUGGUACGGGACAUGGAAGGUCUCUGCAGACGAGCCAGACCCAACACCAAACUCGACAUUAUACCCGCCAGAGAUAUACAAAACCUACGACCCCAACUGGCGCGAAUUCAUCGGCACCCAACUAAUCCAAGUCGUGGAGGAGUUUUCCCACCUCCUCCCCUCCCCCCUGAUAUCCCGCAUUGAAGACGCCCUCGAAACCGCCGCAGUAGGCAGCAUGCGCCGCAACGGCACCUUCCCCCAAGAUGACAACCUCACCCUCGGAUACAGCAACCCCGGCAUCAUGCGCGCCCUCCUCACCGGUUGGAUCGGCGCCCGCCGCAACAACGCAACAUACACCACCUUCGCCACGGACCAAGGCACAAAGCUCCUCCAACUCUUCCAGCUAAACGGCGCCAACACGCUCUCAGAAUACAACGCGCCAACCUACUACGGCGUCGACACAUGGGCACUAGGCGCACAGCUCAAAUACGGCCCGCAAAACAGCACAAUGACCGCCUCCGCAAAGCUCAUCCUAACAGAACUAUGGACCGACCUCGCAGCCCACUUCAACCCCUACCUAGGCAACAUGGUCGGCCCCUACGACCGCGCCUACACACGCGACAUGACAAGCCAAUCCUCCAUCCUCUCCAUGUUCUUCUGGGGCCUAUUCGGCCACGCACACGGCCCCCAGCCCCCGAAAUCCGAAAUCGCACUGCUCUACGACAUCGCCCAAGGCGCUGCCAUAUCGCUCCUCAUCUCCACCAUCCGCCCCUUCAUCCCCGCUGACGUGCAAGACACGCUUAAAUCUCACACCCCCACUUUUACCUCCCGCUCCCUUACCAAGAUAAUCAACGACGACUUGAACGCCACGCACACCCGCACAGCUACUAGCUGGCUCUCCCCCGCGCUGAUGAUCGGCGCGCAGUCCGUCAACGAGACUGUGAAUCGCGGUGACCAGUUCGUCCCCGCUAUCGCGCACUGGGCUGGCGAUCCAAAACAUACGCCGUACCCGCUCAACACGUUUCUCUCGCUGUACCCCUCGGCCAGCAGCAUCCACGCCGUUGCGUCGCCGAAUCGACUGAGUAUGUCGUAUCCUAAUAGCACGCAGGAGGGGACGGACGUGUUUACGUUUUUGCUGUCGAAUGUGCCGCCUGCAUGGACAGCGGGCGGGAAGACGGUUACGGGGUUGGGGGGCGAGAUGCCGUGUGUGGCUAUUGCGGUUGAGGCGCCGGGGUUGGUGGAAUUGCCGGUUGUGUAUGGCGGGGCGAUUCAUGGACAUGUGUUUUGGAAUGUGACGUUUGCGGUGCCGGGUGGAUUUGAAGGGGUGCCGAGGGUGGAGCUGGGGAUUGAGUAUACGUGUUGAUAGUGGGAUGGGAGAUGAUGUGAUGUGACAUGAUGAUAUGUAACUAACUAAUUGACUGACAAUGGGGUAUCCCUAACCAUAAACCAAUCUAUCCAAAAACUUCAUCACAACGCCCAGCUAAUCGCGAGGAUAUCCAGAUCUCGCCCCCUUCCUUUCCUAUCUUUUCCUUAUCCAAAUAAAACGCCAUCAUAACCACCACCACCUCACCCAAUCUCACUAACAUCCCCA